AUGACUUCUACAGGACUGUGGUCUGUCGACUACGAAGUUUACGGAGAUGUUCAGGGGGUAUUCUUCAGAAAGUAUACAGAAGACCAAGCCAAACGUGUUGCUGUUGUUGGAUGGGUCAAAAAUACUCCACAUGGAACAGUUACUGGGCAAGUCCAAGGAUCAAAGGAAAAAGUGGAAAUAAUGAAAAAUUGGCUGAGAAAUGUUGGCAGUCCAAUGUCCCGAAUUGACAAGGCUGUUUUCUCAAAUGAAAGGCAGAUACAAGAUCUGGAAUAUACAAAUUUCAAGACAAAGUACUAACAGUUUACUUAACUUGG